AUGAAUUUUAGAAAACAUGAAAAUACCGCCGAUUUAAUAGAUAGUAUAAUAAAUAGUGAAAAUGGAAAAGUUCAAAAAUAUGUUUUAGAAAGAAAAAGAAAAGAGAAAGAAUUUAUAGAAAAAAAAGAAAAUAUAAAAAAGCAAGCUUUAAAGGCACCAAAACUAAACCAGAUGUUUGUUAUUAAUAAAAACGAUGAUGAUAAAUUAAUUAGCGAAACAAUAGGUCUUAGAACAGUUCAUGAAUAUAAAAAAAUAAAGGAUGAAAUAUAUAGUAAAAAAAGGAAUGAGGAUUUAAAUGAAAAUAUUGAAGAAAAUAAACAUAACAAAAAUAGAAAAUUUAAUUUAUCUUUUUGCACAGAUGAGGAAAAUGAUGAAGACGAUGAAGAAGAAAAAGAAGAAGAGAAAGAAAAGAAAAAAAUUCAAGAAUUAUGUAACAAGGAUAACAAUGUUACUGAAAAUGUCUUUGAAAAUAAAAUAAAAAACUGUAAAAAUUACUCUGAUGAAAAUUCGAAAAAUAAUAAAAGUGAUAUAGAUAAUAAUAAUGAUAUAAAAAAUGAAUUAAAACAUGAUAAUAAAGAUAUAAUAUAUGAAAAAAAUAAUAAUUUCAAAAAAAAAAUUAUGAAAGAUCCAACAGUGAAUACUUCUUUUUUAAAAGAUAAAGAAAGAGAUGAAAAAAUAGAAUUAAAAAAAAAAGAAUUAAGAGAAUUAUAUUUCAAAUUAGAAAGUGAACAAAAAGAAAAAAUUAUAGAAAUAACAUAUUCUUACUAUGACGGAUGUGGUCAUAGAAGAAAAAUAUCGGUAAAACAAAAAACAACAAUAGGUCAAUUUAUAAAUAAAUGUGUUGAAAAUUUAAAAAAUGAAUUUAUCCAAUUGAGAUCUGCUUCAUGUGAAACUUUAAUUUUUGUAAAAGAAGAUAUUAUUCUUCCAAAUUAUUUAACAUUUUAUGAAUUAAUUAAAAAUAAAGCUCAAGGAAAAACAGGGCCAUUAUUUUCUUUUGAUGCAAUAGAAAAUUUAUCUGGUAUAACGGAUAUAAGAAAAGAAAAAACAGAUACACAUGCAGGAAAAUUAGUAGAAAAAAAAUGGUAUGAAAAAAAUAAGCACAUUUUUCCUGCAUCUAAAUGGGAACUUUAUAAACCAUUAAAAACAUAUACAACCAGCUAUAACGAUUUAUUUAAUAAUUUUAUAUAA